AUGGAGUGGUUGCAUGUGACGGUAGCGCAACUGAUCACUCUUGCAAUACUGUUGUUGUCCCCAACAUCAUCAUCAUCAACUGCUAAUCCAACGACAACAACAGUUAUGACCAAACCCCGUUGCGAUGAGUAUUGUGGGGAUGUCAGAAUUCCGUACCCAUUCGGCCUGACACAAGAUUGCUCUCUAAACGGCUACUUUUUAAUAACUUGUGACUAUUCUUUCAACCCUCCAAAAGCAUUUUAUGGCAAAGGUGGGAUAAAUGUUACAGAAAUAAGUAUCGAGCAAGGUCAGAUGCAAAUCUUGAACAAUAUAGGCUAUCAAUGUUACGAUCAGCAGAAUAACUACUUUUCCUCCUUUCCCUGGCUCACCUUGGGCGAAUUCACCGUCUCAAGCACCGCAAAUGAGUUCACUGCAGUUGGUUGUGACACUUCUGCAAUUGUUACUGGCUUCAAAGACGAUCAGCGGUACACCGCCGGUUGCAUAUCCAUAUGUGAACAGAAAGAUAGUAUCGUCGGAGAUUCCUGUUCCGGCGCCGGCUGUUGUCAAACUUCGAUCCCCGUAGCGCUACGGAGCCUUAAUGUGACGUUAGGUAGAUAUUCCAAUAACCAAAAUAUUACGAAAUUCAGUCCAUGUAACUUUGCGUUUAUGGUCAAAAAAGGUGAGUUCAACUUCUCGCUAUCCUCUUUUGAAGAGCUAAGAACACGAGCUAAAAAGUUUCCUCUAGUGCUUGAUUGGACUGUUGGAGAUCAGACUUGUGAGGUGGCUAAGAAGAACUCGAGUACUUAUGCAUGUAUAGCCGAGAAUAGCGAGUGUAUACCUUCCGUCAAGGGCACUUCUGGGUAUCGCUGUAACUGCUCCGAUGGUUACGAAGGUAACCCAUACCUCCCCGAUGGUUGCCAAGACAAAAAUGAAUGUGAUUCAAAUCCCUGUACAUCCCCAAACUGGAUCUGUACUAAUACCGUAGGGAACUAUACAUGUACCUGUGCCAAGGGGUACCAUGGGGAUAGUUGCGUUGCCGAUCAGUCAGACGAGCAGUUAGCUGUGAUUAAGGUUUCUCUAGGUGUUUGUAUUGGCGUUAUAAUGCUGCUCGUCUGUAGCUCUUGGUUGUACUUCGGACUAAAGAAAAGAAAUUUGAUGAAGCUCAAAGAAAAGUUCUUUCGGCAGAAUGGUGGUCUUAUGUUACAACAGCGACUCUCUGGACUAGAAAGAUCAACUGAUACAGUAAAAGUUUUCACCUCCGAAGAACUUAAAAUGGCAACCAACAACUACAAUGAAACCAGAGUCAUCGGGCGAGGAGGUUAUGGCACUGUUUACAAAGGAUACUUAACUGAUAAAAGAUUAGUUGCCAUCAAGAAGUCAAAAAUGGUAGAUCAAACCCAAAUUGAGCAGUUCAUCAAUGAAGUGGUUGUUCUC